GAGGUGAAGUAACGCUGACGCCGGGGAAUCGGACACAAGAGGAGGAGGAAGAGAAAGAGCAUCAGCUGAGGGAGUGAGGUGCUAGUUAUGAAACACCACACUGGCUCACAUUAAUCUAAUAACCCGGCUCCAGACACACAGGACAGAGCAGACAUGACCCGAGUGCUGUUGGUGGGCGGCGGCCUGACCAGCGCCCUGACCAGUGCCUUGCUGCGGCGGGAGCUGCCACACGCUGAGCUGGUCCUCUGGGACAAGGCACAGGGGGCAGGUGGUCGAAUGUCAACAAGCAGAAGUCCACAUGACCCAAACUGUCUAGCUGAUCUCGGGGCACAAUACAUAUCAGCCACGCCAGAGUAUGCAAAGCUCCAUAAAUCAUAUUAUGAUGAGCUUUUGGGUGCCGGGGUGUUGGUGCCACUGACCAGCCAUGUGGAAGGCAUGAGGACUAGUGAGGAGGGCACUACGCACUAUGUAACCCCCAAGGGCACCUCCUCCAUUGUCAAGCACUUCAUCAGGGAGGCCAGUCUAACUCCUAAGUUCAAGCACCACGUCAGCAGCAUUGACUGGCAGGAUGGGAGAUGGAGCGUCAAGACACAGUCUGGGGAAGCUGAUGUGUUUGACGUGGUGGUGCUGACCAUGCCAGUGCCUCAGGUGCUGGGCCUCACCGGCACCAUAAAGGAGCUCAUUGACAAAGAUGAAAAAUUGCUUUCUGACUUAAAAUCCGUUGAGUACAGCUCUCGCUAUGCCCUGGGCCUGUUCUUUGAGGAGGGGGCCCAGGUGAGUCUCAAGGACGAGGGGACGGCUGCCCAGUACAUCACCAGCAACCCUGUCGCUCGUUUCAUUGCUCUUGACAACAAGAAGAGGGCAGCAGACACAGGCAGUCCCUCGGUGGUGCUGCACACGUCGGUGCCCUUCGGCAAGGUGAAUGUGGACAAGACGCCGGAUGAGGUCAAGCCAGUGCUCCUGCAGUGUAUCAAGGACAUGUACCCACACUGGCCACAGCCCAAGGCCGUCAAGUGCCAGAAAUGGAAGUUCUCUCAGGUGACAUCAGCCUUCCCCGGCCUCCCUGGCAGCUUGACCUUAGCAGAUGGGCUGGUGGUGGGCGGCGAUGGCUUUACUCACUCCAACAUGGAUGGCUGCAUAGAGUCAGCCAAGGCCGUGGCCGAGGCUGUGGCCCAGUAUGUCAACUCUAAGGGUUAGCUUUGCCUUGUAGGGCUGGCGGGUGAAGGGGACAGUGGGUGUUCCAUUCCUUUUGCAUUUAGUUUGUUUACUUUAUUUUGGGUGGUAUUUCAUUUACUGCUCUCUCUCUUUCUCUCUCUCUCUCUCUCUCUCUCUCUCUCUCUCUCUCUCUCUCUCUCUCUCUCUCUCUCUCUCUCUCUCUCUCUCUCUCUCUCUCUCUCUCUCUCUCAACAUAUAAUUUUUUUUAUAUUUAGUUGCAGUAAUUUCCUAUUUAUAUAAGUUUCCAUCUGCCAAGUUUGUUUUUGAAGUUCAUGUCUUCCUUUAUCUCAGGGUUGAUAGUUACCUAAUAAUGUAAUGUAUAGAAGAAUGAGUUUGCUUCAGUAGUCUUAGUAUAAGGGAGUAAGUAGUCUUAGUUUAUGGGUUAAUGUUUCAGAAUUUAGGAUUUUGCUAAAUUUAUAGUUUACUGUUUAAAUCAUACAUAUUCCUUUACUUUUUCUAUUUAUGUGCUAGGAUGAGAACAUCAAGGGGGAGCCAGCAUGUCUUGUGCUUACUGUAGGAAAUUUUAUUAUUUAAACAAUGCCUGUGGUGUGAGAAUGGGUAUUGAAAGUGCUUAAAGUGAGAAUCAGAGGAGGGAAUCGUGCAUAACUGGAGACUUCUUAGACGGUCAUUCUCUGGGGCGGUGCAUACAGGGUCAGAAUGUAUAUAGUUGGGUAUGUGAAUGUAAUGAUAGCAUUUCCACACUUAUAGUUUGAGAAUUAUUGAGCUUGGAUGAGCAGCAUACACAGCCUGACUUGAAUAAAUAUGUGGUGACACUGAUAUCCUUUUUUUCCCUUUUUUCCUUUCAGAAAGUAACUUAAGUUGUAAGUUAUGAGGUAGCAAGUGAUCUGCUUAGAUGGCUGUAUAAUAUUUGCUAGAAAAUAAAUCCUGUGAUAAAACUA